AUUUUUUAUAAAAUAUUAGAAAGAGAGAUUUUUGAGUAUUUUUUAUAUGAUAAGAUAUAUAAAUACGAGUAGAGGACUAUUGUUUCCUGAGAUUUAUUUGUACCCAAGAUAUUUGCUUAAGAAAGGCGUAUACAGUCCAUUUAUACGAAAGAUUCAAACGGAAGUUAUUUCGAAAGAAGAGGCAUCUAAUGUUUUGGCGCAGCAGCGAUUAAAACGGCCUAAUUCGCCUCAUUUAAGUAUUUACCGGCCUCAAUUGACAUGGUAUAUGUCAGGGUUUAAUAGAAUUACUGGUUGUUUUGUCUCAGCUGGGUUGUAUGUUUUUGCUAUUAGUUAUCUUGUAUCACCAAUUUUUAAUUGGCAUUUGGAUUCUGAAACUAUUUCUUCUGUUUUUCAUUCUUGGCCGGUAGAAGCAAAAAUCUUAACCAAGUUUAUUGUUUCAUUUCCGUUUACAUAUCAUUCUUUUAAUGGGCUUAGACAUCUUUAUUGGGAUACAGGAAGAGGAUUAACACUUAAGGGAGUUUAUACGACUGGAUAUAUAGUUAUAGCUCUAUCCACUGUUUCCUCGAUAAUAUUGAGUUUAAUUUAAUUAAAUAAUUAUUUAGAAUUAUAAAUCUAUUGAUUAUUUGAGUUAA